AUGGAGCAUUUGAUCGAGGAGGUCAGAAGGAGGGCAUUCAGCAGCGGAGGUGCUGAAUGGCUGAUGCAGUGCCUUUUGACUGCCCCUUCCUGCCAAAUGGAUGCACGCCCACAGAAUGCUUCAUUGGACGGUACAGUGCCUGAAGAGGAGGAAGCUGCUAAAGGGGAAGAUUCAGAGGAGGAGCAUCAAAUGUCAGAUUGCCUGAGUGACAGAAGUUUACUUCAUGGAAGAAAGAAGAGGAUUUACAAGAGUGAUUUAUUCCCCUUCAUCCACCAGAGGGACAAGAAGACCAAAGCUGUAGGGAAAAGGAAGAAAAAUCCUGUCAGGCUGCUGAAUUGGGGCAAGUCGGUGAGCAAGCUGACACCUCGCAGACUACGCCCGUGGAGCGAAUGGACAAUUCAUCCGGUGAGUUAUUUUCUGGGGUUUCUCCUGAUGCUAAGCUGGGGGAAGCCCUGGGGAUUUUUUAUUCAAUCUAUGCAAGGUAAAGCUGGUAGUCCAGCGAUGGCUUGGUUACAGGAUAGUUUAAAUUACAAAUUCAACUGCACCUGUCAGUUUAAUUAAUGGGUCUGACAGGAGCGGUAUGCCUAUUAGUGAGGCUUGUCCAGAGGAAGCUUUGGCAUGUGAAGCAUAACCUCUGAGUAUCACUUAUCGAAUUGCAAAAAAAAAUAAAAAAGUUUUUUAAUGAUUAAUAUGUUAAUAUUCUCUCACUAUUACUAACUUUUAAAGAAUUUUGGCAAGGCAAGAUAAAGACGAGGACAGGAAAAGGCCUGUGCCCCGUUCUUUUAAUAAUUGGAUUUAGGCGUUGAAAACUGUAUUUUGCUCACAUUUAUUGUGAGCAUCAUUCAGAUAGUGCUAGCGUUUUUUUUCAACAUUUAGACGCUAUUUUGGAGGCUUUCAAGCAUUGGUAGUCUAGCUUGGUUUAGAAGGAUGUUGGCUCCUGGUUUUGCAUUAUGUUUGCCAAGCGGGAUUCUUCAGAAUCUGUUCAGACCACAGUCUCAAGAAAGUGGGUUACAGGUACGCCCGAGGGGUGUUGUUAGUAGUUUAAUGAGUCGCAAAGUAAAUGGCUGA